UGUCGAUGGAAACAGACCAAACCCACGUGGAGUUUUCAUUCAUUCAUGAUCAAUUUCACUGCAUACGCUCCCUGGUCGGAUUUACAGAUAUAUCAAACUAAACCUGGGGGAACCGCAACAAUUACAGAAUAAUAAUAAUAACAAUAAUAAUAAUAAUAAUAAUAAUAAUAAUAACAAUAAUAAUAAUAAUAAUAAUAAUAAUGAUGAGAAACACAGGACCCCGGGGGUUGGUUGUAGUAUAACAGGGGGAAAAGAUAUAUUGUACAUUUUGUGUUAAUAAUUUGUUAGGGGUGGUGGAGAAUAAUGACAUAUUAACAGCGUGGAUUCUAAUUUUUUUUUAUAAGUCUCACUCUUUCUUUUUUAUGCUUGCGAGAUGAAAAGUUUACAAUUUAAAGAGCUUCUAUAAAAUCUUCGAUGGGGUGUCUUGGGUGUGUGUUUUGCCUCAUUAUAACCAAAUGGAAGGAGAUUGCUAAAAGGAACACCGUGGAAACAACUACAAGCAGAAGGCAGCCGUGCUCUGAAGCAGCACUGAAAUACAUUGCCUCUGACGCUUUAUAAUUACAAUCUUGCAUUUCCCUGCUCCAGGUUUGCACGGCACUAGUUUUUUUUUUUUUUUUUUUUUUUUUUUUUUUUUAAAAACCGCAACAGAAAGCAACCGCGAUUACAUUUGCGAGUGAAACGAUCGUGAGUCUUCCACCAAGAGAAGAAACGAAGCAAGGCGAGUCGGGCCACGAACGGAAACAAAGGGACGAGUAUGUGCUGAAUCUUGAAUAAGGACGCUUCUUAAAUAACUCCGUGGAGUCUGCUUGCAUAUUUCCGCAACCGAUAACAAUAUCCCUGGAUUAUUAUUAUUAUUAUUAUUAUUAUUAUUUAUUAUUAUUAUUAUUUUGUUUAAGUACCACACGAGUGAUAUUAUUAUUUGUAUUAUUCUUAUAAUUAGCACGUCUUACUUCUGCAUAAUUCGCGGACUUAGCCAGGCAAGCGACGUUUAAAAAUAAUAGGGGUGUGUUAUUUUUUUUGGGUGGCGAGCAGAAAGAACAAAGGCAGCCGGGAGUGGAGUUCCAGCCUCCUCGUCGGAUUUCUCCUCGGCUGUUGCUUGGAUGGCGAGAGGCCUGUGAUGUUUUUUAAUCUUCGGCGUGUGCUCUCCUUUUAAAAUCUUUGAAAAAAAAAAAUAUAAUGUUUCCUCAGAACCGAACCCCGGCCCCGCUGGCUCCUCCCCCCGGCUCCUCUGCCUCUGCUGCGGGCGGCCCCGGGACCCCCCAGUCUCUGAAACUGACGUACCCCGAGACUCUGGACCGCAUCAAAGAAGAGUUCCAGUUCCUGCAGACACAGUACCACAGUCUGAAACUGGAAUGUGAAAAGCUGGCGACAGAAAAGACAGAAAUCCAGAGGCACUACGUGAUGUACUAUGAAAUGUCCUACGGCCUUAAUAUCGAAAUGCACAAACAGACUGAAAUCUCCAAGAGGCUGAAUGUGAUCUGCGCACAGAUCAUUCCCUUCCUGUCUCAAGCUCACCAGCAGCAGGUGGUUCAGGCCAUGGAGCGUGCCAAGCAGGUGACUAUGGGGGAGUUGAAUGCUGCGAUAGGGCACCAGCUCCAGGCUCAGCACCUAUCCCACCAUGCACAGGGGCUCCCCUUGACCUCUCACCCCUCUGGCCUGCAGCACCCGGGUUUGGCAGCCCUGGGGGGGGGCUCCAGUCUGCUGGCCCUCUCGGGGGCCCUGGGGGCCCAGGCACAGCUCGCAGCUAAGGAGGAGCGGAGCCACCUGGAGGCAGUGGCAGCUGCAGCUGAGCAUCAUAGAGGCUUCUUUCGGGGUGCUGCAUUUCUCGCCAUGGAAACGGAUCGGGAGCCAGGGCCGAGCUCUUUGUCGAAUGGGGACAAAGGCCGGGCUCAAGCAGACUACCUGAGCAACGGCAAGAAGAGGAAAGCAGAGGAGAAGGACUUCAUGACAGACUAUGGCAGUGAUGCUGAUAAAAGUGAUGACAACUUGGUGGUGGAUGAGGACCCGGCCUCCCCACGCAGCGUCCACUCCUACUCGUCCCGAGAGAACGGGCUGGACAAGCUGCACCUUCAGCGGAAGGAGCUGGCACAGGUCAGCCCCACUUCCAUGGGCUCAUCCGGCAGUGCACCCUCCCCGUCCCGGGGCAAAGAGCCCCCUGCGAAUGAGAAGUCGAGCACGCCCGGACUGAAGUCCAGCACUCCGAUGCCCCCGAGCGAGUCGUCCACGCCCGGCCCCAGUUCCGGUGCCAGCAGCAGCGCCCCACAGUUCAGACCCAUGCCUGGGAAGCCCGGGGUUGACCCCCUCGCUCUGGCUCUGCGGAACCCCCUGUCAGUGCAGGGCUCGUACCCUGGUGCGUUCGGGCUGGCUCACUCCGGGGUGAACGGGGAGAUGGCGGCGGGGGCGUACGCAGGGCUGCACCUCGUCUCCCCGCAGAUGAACGGAGCCGCAGUGGUCGCGGCUGCUAACUACGGGCGCCCACCUGUGGUGGGGUACGAGUCUCCCCACUCCCACCCACACCUCAGAGUGCCAGGACUACCAGCCAGCAUGCAGGCAGCCGCCACCGCCGCUGCGUCAGGGAAACCUGCCUACUCGUUCCACGUGAGCGCCGAUGGGCAGAUGCAGCCGGUGCCCUUCCCUCCGGACGCUCUGAUUGGCCCGGGCAUCCCGCGCCACGCCCGGCAGGUUCACACGCUGAGCCACGGAGACGUGGUGUGCGCCGUGACCAUCAGCAACUCCACGCGCCACGUCUACACCGGGGGCAAGGGCUGCGUCAAGGUGUGGGACGUGAGCCAGCCGGGCACCAAGAGCGCCGUGGCGCAGCUCGACUGCCUGAACCGUGAUAACUACAUCCGCUCCUGCAAGCUCCUCCCUGAUGGGCGGACCCUGAUUGUGGGUGGGGAAGCCAGCACGCUGUCAAUCUGGGACCUGGCCACGCCCACCCCCCGGAUCAAGGCGGAGCUGACCUCGUCGGCGCCCGCCUGCUACGCCCUCGCCAUCAGCCCCGACGCCAAAGUGUGCUUCUCCUGCUGCAGCGACGGCAACAUCGUGGUGUGGGACCUGCAGAACCAGACCCUGGUCAGGCAGUUCCAGGGCCACACGGAUGGUGCCAGCUGUAUCGACAUCUCGAACGACGGGACCAAGCUGUGGACAGGCGGGCUGGACAACACGGUGCGCUGCUGGGACCUGAGGGAGGGCAGGCAGCUCCAGCAGCACGACUUCACCUCACAGAUCUUCUCUCUGGGGUACUGCCCCAGUGGGGAGUGGCUGGCAGUGGGCAUGGAGAGCAGCAACGUGGAAAUCCUGCACGUCUCCAAACCGGACAAGUACCAGCUGCACCUGCACGAGAGCUGCGUGCUGUCUCUCAAGUUCGCGUCCUGCGGUAAAUGGUUUGUAAGCACUGGGAAGGAUAACCUGCUGAAUGCCUGGAGAACACCCUACGGAGCCAGUAUAUUCCAGUCGAAGGAAUCCUCCUCUGUCCUGAGCUGUGACAUCUCUCCAGACGACCAGUUCAUCGUCACGGGUUCCGGUGACAAGAAAGCCACCGUUUAUGAGGUCAUCUACUGAGGAGGAAAGGGGGCGGGAGGAACGAGCCAAUGAGACAAGCAGGAGGAGGCGGGGCUUUGAGAAUCCCUGGGAGUAUUGUUUACUAGUGGUCAGACUCCUGUAGAGUAAUGUUACACUGCAGCGUUGCAAGGGGGCGUCUCGCUUCUUACUUCCAGACGCUAGCUUGAUUGACAAUUCAUUUUCUUGUCUGGAGAAACGAAAUUUUUUUAUUUUUUUUUAAUAAAUAAAAUAAAUACAUAGUGAACAAAAAAUAAUAAACUUUAGUAAAGACUAUUUUUGGCAAAUGGACAUGAGGCUUUGACUGGACCCUGAGCAGCUGUGCUUGCUGUGUCUGACCUGUGGACUGAUGUUUAGUAGUGACCUCCACUGUAAACCUGCCAGGGGUUUAUGAAGUUAUAGUGCUGCAGUUUGAUUCCCUUCCUGCCAUUCUUUCACUGUUUUUGAACCUCUUUGACUCCU